GAUCAGUGGCGUCAGAGCAAUUGUGCCGUACGAAGGCUCGUUGUUGCCGCGUCGCCGACUCCUCCACACCCUCACACUACUACUAACCGCGUAAUGGCGUCCGACAACGGUGACUUUGACACGGAUCUCGCCGCGGCACCUGCAAAACGCAUGAGGUACUCGUUUGCCGACGAAAUCGCCGAGAAUUCUCAAUACCAAAAUUACGGACAUCGGUUCACAGGGUUUUCGUCCGGUGAUUCCUAUGCUAACAAUUUAUCAUACAAAUCAUUAGACACAUUAUCACCAAACUAUUUAAAACCAUCUUCACCAAGACCGUUGAUUAUGUCAUCAAGCUUACCUGAAUCUCCAGAAGACUCGAGCUUAUUUGAUGAAAGUUCUGAUAAUAAAGAAGAAGGUGAAGAUGAUGAUACUUCUUCUACUUCAAGUUCAGAUUCAAGUACACAGUCAGAUAACUUAGAUUCUGAAAAAGAACCACCAGGUUCAAUGAGUUGGGUUCAAAGACAAAUAAUGAAUGGAAUUAAUCCAAGACGAUUAUUGCAUCAAGUAUUUGGAGCUACUGUACCAUCACAGUUAGAAGACAUUACAUUAUGGAGGAUUAUUUUAAGUAUGACUGAUGAUUGCCCCGUGCGAAAUAAAUUACGUGAUGUCAGUACAUUAGAUGAUGUUAUUAGGCUGCUGAAAUCAAGUACGAGAAUUAUGGUUCUAACAGGAGCAGGAGUUUCAGUUUCUUGUGGUAUCCCAGAUUUUCGUAGUCAUAAUGGAGUUUAUGCUAGACUAGCUACAGAAUUCCCUGAUUUACCUGAUCCACAAUCUAUGUUUUGUAUUGAUUAUUUUAGAAAAGAUCCAAGACCCUUUUUCAAAUUUGCAAGAGAAAUAUAUCCAGGGCAGUUUAAACCAUCUCCAUCUCACCAAUUUAUCAAAGCCUUAGAAAAAAAAGGACGGCUUUUAAGAAACUAUACACAAAAUAUUGAUACUUUAGAGCAAGUAGUAGGCAUUGAAAAAGUGAUUGAAUGCCAUGGUUCAUUUGCUACUGCAUCUUGCACUCAGUGUGGCCACAAAGUUUCAGCAGAUACUAUAAAACCUGAUGUGUUUGAUCAAAGGAUCCCCAGAUGUCCUAUAUGUGUGGAUAGUGGUGGAAUAAUGAAACCUGAUAUAGUGUUUUUUGGUGAAGGUUUACCUGAUAGUUUCCACAAAGCAAUUGAAGAAGAUAAAAAUAAUUGUGAUUUGUUAAUAGUGAUAGGAUCUUCACUAAAAGUACGCCCUGUUGCUCGUAUUCCCAGUAUGUUGAAUAAACAUGUGCCACAAAUAUUAAUCAACCGUGAAAGACUUCCUCAUAUGAAUUUUGACGUUGAACUUCUCGGUGAUAGUGAUGUUAUAGUUGAUCACCUAUGUCGCAUGCUUGGUCCAGAUUGGUCUGAUAUCUAUUGGUGUAAAGAACAACUUACAGAAACAAAAGUUUUAAACUUUCCUAAAUCAUCUCCAAGAAGUCCUAAUUUAUCAAUUGAUGAUACUGCCCAAAAUGAAAUGAAUACAGACUCACGUGAUAGUGCCAAUAGCAUGUCUUUAUCCCUUAACGAUGAUAGAUAUACUGCUAGCUCAUCAACUAGCGAGCAACGUAAUUUAUCAACAGACUCUACAAGAGAUAGCGGUAUUGAUUCAGAUGAUCCUCAAAAAACUAGUCUAGCAUCCUAUUUACCAACAAACACUUAUUAUAUGUUAAAGAAAAGACGAUACAUGUUUUCUGGUGCUGAGGUAGAUCAAGAUGAAAAUGAAAUUGAUGAAGAUUGUCAAACAGAAUCUGAUUCUAGCGAAAAAUCUGAAGUACCAUUUAAUUAAAACACUGUUUUCAUAGAUAUAUAUUAUUAGCUCAAUUGUUACUUAUCGCAAGUUAUUUAUAUAUGAUCACCUUUGUUCAACAAUUUGAUAUUUCUGAACUUGACCUAUUUUUUAAUUAAUAUACAUAUAACUUCUUUUUAUUUUGUAUUCCUUAAUAUUUCUUAAAAUAUCUUUUUAUUAUUCUUAUAGAUGUAAUAUUAUUUUUUUAUCAAUUUAAAAUUCUUUCCUUUUUUAUAUUUGUAUAAACAAAAUAAGUACUAAAUAAAUAUGUAUUUAUAUAUAUAUGUUAUAUAUAUAUAGAUUUGUAUAAUUUUUCUUACAUGAAAUACCCAUUAACUCUCUUAAAAAUAAAUAAUAGUAAUUAACCCUAAUAUUAGUGAAUAUAAAAAUAAUGGUAAAUUAUUAAGGAAUGACAUAAUAAUCAGAAAUUAUUGUCCUUGUUUUUAUUAAGUUUUUAGGAAUAAAUAUAUUUAUAAUUAAUUUUUUUAUAUUAUAAUAAACAUUAAGGAUUUCCAUAUUAAGUAUAUCUAAUAAAAUUGGAAAUAUUUAUUCUUUAAGGGAAACAACUUUAUUUUUCAAAAUAUUGUACAUAAAAUGUUUCGGUAAAUUUGUCAGAAAUAAUUAUAAAUUAUGUGAAGCAAUAAUCUUUUGAUAUACUAAUAAUUGUAUUAUAUAUUAAAUCUUUGCUUACAUGAAAUCCUAAAUAUUUAGUUUCUAUAAGAGUUUCUGUUUAAACUCGCUUGUAUUUGUUUAAAUGUUGGAAGUCAAAGAAUUUACUAAUGCUACAUAUUAUGUUAAUAUUUUUCAUAAUGGUAAAAUGUAAAAAAAAAAAAAAAAUUAAAGCUAGAUGAAUUUUCCAUAGUUUCAAAAUAACAUUUCAGAGAA